AUGAUCCCCCAGAUCCUGACAGAAGUCGCUAUGAACUAUUCGCUCCUUGCUACCUCUAUCACGUCUCUCAAGCCUUUUCUCAAGCCUUUCCAUACGGGUGCCAUUAUCAAUACCAUUGGAGGGGAAGGAUCGGGGUUGUAUUCCAGCUCGCAAACGAGGUCCCAAGGUAUCUACACCCUCGCAUCGAUGUCAAAGGAUCGAACGGAGGUAUCGACCCCUGGCGGAGAACUCUACAGUAGCAAUACAGGCGAGGUCACAACAGUGGUUUCAUCGCAGCCGCACCAGCAUCGCGGGGAGCGCGAGUCAUUGGACUAUGUCGGUUCAGGGCAAAUGGUCAUCGAAAGAACCACAGAGUGGAACAUCCACUACAACAGGAAUGGACAAUAUCCCUGA